AUGGAAUCGGCAACUAGUGAUGACACAAAAUGGAAUUCUUCUCGGUCUGCCACAGUCUUUGGGCGCGAACAAGUAGUUCUUCAUCGUUCCAAAUCUAGUUUUUUGGGCACACCUGCACCGGAAACCACUCAGGGCCUUCCUAUACCGCCUAUCACCCAAUCGCACGCUGCUGUUUCUAGGGGCAAUAGUGCAACUUGCGUCAGCCAGCAGGUCUCCGAGCGCAGAUCAGGGACCUCCUCAGAGGAGUGCUUGGCUGAGUUCGACGACAAACUGCCCUGGAAGGAGGAUGCGGAACCGCAAGAAGCAGAAGUCAAAGAAGCGGCAAGCCCCGGUGCUGCAACUCAGGCCACAACACGAUCAGCGCAUUUUGAACUGCCUGAGGUUGUAGCAGUGGCAAAUAAGGAACCACCGAAAUUCUCCGAAGUCGCUGGUGACGAGGACAAAGAAUUGGCAAGUUUGCUUCAUUUUUCAAAAUCAUUUUUGAGAUGGGAGAGAGCAGAUGUGAAGGAGCUGUUUAGUUUUUACGUAAAUGAAGCUAUUCACGGACAGUGUCCGCAGUCAUCUGUCUUUAAUAGCCUGCCGUUCUCUUUGUGGGUCUAA